AUGCCAUUUGUGGCGCGAUUUAUUCUUGCGCUGAUCGUGCCAGCCUGCUGUGGAUCUCUUUGCAACCUCUCAGAGAGUGACGCGAAAGGUUUGGUGCAGAUUCAUGCCCAAAGGCUGGUGGAUGACCCGUACUCGCGACAGUACGAUCGGUUGCAUCGACGCCAUCGUCGACAACACCGUCGGCAAGAUCGGAGGUAUGGACGACGGACAACGACCACCACGAGCACUUUGUUGCCGGAUGUGAUCAAUCUUUUGAAGGCAUUGGAGACCUCACGAGAAGCACCUGAAGCGACCUUCUCGGCCCUGGCUGAUAGCCUGACUGGCCGCGAUGCAAGAUUGGUCAGGGACCUCUCCGACAAAUGGUUCAGCAUGUCAGGCAGCACGUCGCUGGCAACGGAUUUUGUCAUCAACUACGCGGCCAAUGACACUUACAAUAACAACAAAGCGGGCUUAGUGGAUGCGUUGAACACCAUUGUCGCUUCCUUGUCUGGGUCCGUGUCUCUUCUUCAAAGCCGGGCCUCUGCUGUGAGCGACAACCUUGCAGACAGUUGUAGCUACCUUGCAUCUUAUGCGGUUCCUGUGUUUGGAGAGGGCAAUCUCUAUGAGAUGCUGACAGAGCUGCAAGCUGUUUGUGGCGACCCCAACGUGGCUGCAGCCUUGCCUGCCGCGGCAGAGCCCAACGCUGCUGCUUUGAUUGAAGGAGUGGAGGUACUGGAGACUGGAACUACUCCCACGACCACACAAAGAACUAGUACUACAACUGGUGCUGCCACCACUACCACUAGCACGGCAGCUACCACAGCAGCCACAACCGUAGCUACCACGGCAGCCACAACGGCAGCAACAACCGCAGCUACAACGGCAGCUACCACGGCAGCUACUACGGCAGCCACAACCGCAGCUACUACAGCAGCUACCACGUCAGCUACAACGGCAGCGACAACGGCAGCUACCACGGCAGCUACAACGGCAGCCACAACGGCAGCUACCACGGCAGCCACAACGGCAGCCACAACCGCAGCUACCACGGCAGCUACCACGGCAGCUACCACGGCAGCCACAACGGCAGCGACAACGGCAGCUACUACGGCAGCCACAACGGCAGCCACAACCGCAGCGACAACGGCAGCUACCACGGCAGCUACAACGGCAGCCACAACGGCAGCUACCACGGCAGCUACAACGGCCGCCACAACAGCAGCCACCACCGUAGCUACCACAGCAGCCACAACGGCAGCCACAACCGCAGCUACCACGGCAGCCACGACAGCAGCCACCACGGCAGCUACCACGGCAGCCACGACCACGAGCAGGAUUGCCACCACCACUACAGCUGCUGGCGGCGUUUGGGAAUUCAGCCCGGAUCCAGGAACCUGCGAUGAUGUAUGUGGAGUCGACAACUGCGAUAGCCAAAAGCAGGAACAACUUCAAGGAGCAGAUUUGGUGGCUGUGUCUACAAGCUUGGGCUCGCCGUGCACUCUUGACCCGGGUGUCAACUGGGCAGCUGCCCCUAUGUGGCGGGAGGGCACGUGCUUCCCUUAUGGUGGAGCGCCGGGCAACACCGCAUGUUCUGCCACAUCCACAUUCAAUAAGGGAAAACGCAUUUGCUACUGCUUAACCACGACUACUACGACCACCACCACUACAGCUGCUGGCGGCGUUUGGGAAUUCAGCCCGGAUCCAGGCGCCUAA